GUGUACUGUGUCUUUAAGUGACGUCACCGCUCUUCUCCCUCUGCUUGUUAUUUUCUGCAUGAAGAUGGCGGUGGUUCCAGAGAGCAGAGUCUUGACGUUCAGCGUCUUUAAAUGGAGCUCCUACUCCUCCACCUAUCUACCAGAGAAUAUCUUGGUGGACAAACCUAAUGAUCAGUCUUCCAGGUGGUCUUCUGAGAGCAACUAUCCUCCACAGUUUUUAAUCUUGAAGUUGGAAAGGCCGGCGAUUGUUCAGAGCAUCACCUUUGGGAAGUAUGAGAAGACUCACGUGUGCAACCUGAAGAAGUUUAAAGUGUUUGGUGGGAUGAGUGAAGAGAACAUGACCGAGCUUUUGUCCAGUGGCCUUAAGAAUGACUACAACAAGGAAACGUUCACCUUAAAGCACAAGAUCGAUGAGCAGAUGUUUCCCUGCAGAUUUGUCAAAAUAGUGCCUCUGAUGUCUUGGGGUCCUAGUUUUAAUUUCAGCAUCUGGUACAUCGAGCUGCACGGUAUCGAAGAUCCGGACGUGGUGCAGCCCUGCCUUAACUGGUACAGCAAGUACAGAGAACAGGAAGCCAUCCGCCUUUGCCUCAAGCACUUCCGACAGCAUAACUACACAGAGGCCUUUGAGUCCCUGCAGAAGAAGACUCGGAUAGCGCUGGAGCACCCGAUGCUCACCCACCUGCACGACCGGCUGGUGCUGCAAGGAGACUUUGACGCCUGCGAGGAGCUCAUAGACAAAGCUGUGAGAGACGGUUUGUUUAACCAGUAUAUCAGCCAGCAGGAGUACAAGCCCAGGUGGAGUCAGAUCAUCCCGAAGUGCAACAAAGGUACAAGCGCCCAAGAAAUCAGCCGAGAUGACAUGACAAGUGAUGGCGACGACAACAGGCCGGGGAUGAGGGGAGGACAUCAAAUGGUGAUUGACGUCCAGACUGAGACUGUCUACCUGUUCGGGGGCUGGGACGGCACACAGGACCUGGCCGACUUCUGGGCUUACAGUGUUCAGGAGAACCAGUGGGCCUGCAUCUCCAGAGACACGGAGAAAGAGAGCGGUCCGAGCGCUCGCUCGUGCCACAAGAUGUGCAUCGACUCCCAGCGGCGUCAGAUCUACACGCUGGGCCGCUACCUGGACUCCAGCGUCAGGAACAGCAAGUCUCUGAAGAGCGACUUCUACCGCUACGACAUCGAUGCUAACACCUGGACGCUACUCAGCGAGGACACCUCAGCUGACGGAGGACCGAAGCUGGUGUUUGACCACCAGAUGUGCAUGGACUCGGAGAAGCACAUGAUCUACACAUUCGGCGGUCGGAUCCUGACGUGUAACGGCACCGUGGAGGACAGCCGGACGUCCGAGCCUCAGUUCAGCGGACUGUACGCCUACCACUGCCAGGCCGGAACGUGGAGCCUCCUGCGGGAAGACUCGUGUAACGCCGGGCCGGAAGACGUCCAGUCCCGCAUCGGCCACUGCAUGCUCUUCCACACUAGAAACCGCUGUCUGUACGUGUUUGGAGGUCAGAGGUCAAAGACGUACCUCAAUGAUUUCUUCAGCUACGAUGUGGACGGAGACCACGUAGAGAUCAUAUCUGACGGCACCAAGAAGGACUCGGGCAUGGUGCCGAUGACGGGCUUCACCCAGAGAGCCACCAUCGACCCGGAGCUCAACGAGAUCCACGUCCUGUCGGGCCUCAGCAAAGACAAGGACAAACGCGAGGAGAACGUCCGCAACUCUUUCUGGAUCUACGACAUCGCCCGCAACAACUGGUCGUGUGUGUAUAAGAACGACCAGGCGGUGAAAGAAAACCCGAGCAAGGCUCUGCAGGAGGAGGAGCCGUGUCCACGCUUCGCACACCAGCUGGUCUAUGAUGAGAUGCACAAGGUGCAUUACUUGUUUGGUGGAAACCCCGGGAAGUCUUGUUCUCCCAAGAUGCGCCUGGACGACUUCUGGUCCCUCAAAUUGUGUCGGCCCUCCAAGGAGUACCUGCUGCGCCACUGCAGAUACCUCAUCAGGAAAUACAGGUUUGAGGAGAAAGCCCAGUCGGAGCCGCUGAGUGCGCUAAAAUACCUGCAGAACGACCUUUCACUGACGGUGGACCACACGGACCCCGACGAGACCAAAGAGUUCCAGCUCCUGCCCUCGGCUCUCUUCAAGUCUAGCUCUGACUUCAUCCCUCUGGGUUUCUCAGACGUCGACCAGACGUACGCUCAGCGGACGCAGCUCUUCGACACGCUCGUCAACUUCUUCCCAGACAGCAUGACUCCGCCCAAGGGCAACCUGGUAGACCUCAUCACGCUCUAGCCCCUCCGUGCACCUGAUGGGACUGGGGGAGACAGAGACCAGUUAUUUUUCUAUUCCUGAACCCUUCCGGUGGGAUUACACGACAUCUGGAACUCUCCAUCACGCUGACCUCCUCCUGCUGCUGCCACAGUCUGCCGGGUAAAUCUCCGUCACACAACUAUGUCUGAUGGACGGGAUGUUAUUUUUUAAUUCUCUUUCUUUUGUUCUUGCCCUUCUCUCGACCCCCGGGGGGGUCUCAGGAGAUUUAAAGGCCGGUACUCUCAGAUCAGUGAGCACUACUACUGUGGAUAACAGUGAAUGUGUAGAAAGCCUUGUAGUAUUUGCAUUGUAUGUAAUGUAUAUAAUGAAUAAAGAUUGUAUUUUGUUCAGGUUUUCUUAA